AUGAAAUAUUCGUUAUUUCUUCUGUUUACAUUGUUAAGUGAAGCGAAUGUUAUAGAACGAAUCCUAAUAACAACGACGACAACAAUAACACCACUAAUAUUCGAUCUUAAUAUAAAUUCUUCUUUUGAACAAAUUCUUGAUACAAAUUCUUCAUUAACCAUAAUAUUACAAAGUCAAGAAUCAAAUAUAUCUCGAAAAGAAUUUCAUUAUGGAGCACAAUGUGACGCAAAUUGGAUAUUUAUUGAUAAAGAAACUAUUCGUGUAGUAUUUUCUCUAUUUUCAUUAGCGACAGUAACACAUGAAAAGAAAUUUUCCAAUACCACUGAUAAUAAAAUAAAUAGAUUUCCAAUGAUGUUAUCCCUGACAACACGUACAUUCCAAUCAAUUUAUUCAUUAAAAUUUUUUCGUUUUACUGUACAAGAAUAUAAAACAAACACAACAGUUCUCCCAAUGAAACAAUUAAUUUUAGAAAGUACAGCAUCAGGAAAUGAUAAAUAUUUUUCAAAUUCAUUAUUAUUACUGCGAUUAAAUCCAAAAGAAAAAUAUGUUAUAUGUAUAUUUUAUUAUCAACUAAAUGUAUCAACACAAAUGCCAGAUUUAUUCAUGUGUCUAAAUAUAAUGCAUGAUCAUUUAAAUGAUUCAGCACAUGGUCUUAUAUUUGUUUUAACACAAUAUUCAAUUAUUCUUGGUUUACUUAUUGUUUUACAAGUUUUAUUUAUUGUACGAAAACGUCGUUUAGCUCAUAUUGUUCAUCAACAUUUAAUUAAUACAACACAAAGACUUCGUUCGACCCUUUCAUCAGUUAGUCUUGUACGACAAUCAAUGAAUCUAAUGGAUACAAUAAUUGAACAAAAAACUACAAGAAUGAAUGGUCAUGUAAAUCAAGAAAUGAAUAAACUUAAAAAACAUAUUAUACCAUCAUCAGCUAUUGUUAUUAGUGAACCAACAAUUGAAUCAAAUAACAUCGAGAAUAGUUCGAAUGAAAACGAACCAUUUCUUAAAUUAACAACUGAAAAAACUCAUGUUCAUUUUUUACUUGGUUUAAACGACGAAUCUGAUGAUAAUAAUGGUGGUGAUGAUGAUGAUGAUGAUGAUGAUAAGGGUUAUGAAAAAAUUCCAAAUAAUAAAACAUUUAUACCACUAAUAAUGCCAACACUUAUGGAACCUUAUGAUGAUCAAUCCGAUGCUUUGUCAUCCAUUGCUCAUAUACUCGAUACAAAUAAACCUUGGUCGAAACCAUCAUAA